CUUCUUACAAAAUCUCUCCACAAUCUGACACACUUUGCAACAAAAAUGGCUCUUCAUACAACAACUUCUUUUCUUCUCUCAUCACUACUACUACUACCCAUUAUGUUCUUCAAUUUAACUGCUUUUGCCGAUCCGAUAACAUUCGACAUUCUCAAUUUUGGAGACAAACUUGAAUCCUUUGCCGCUCCGAUAACAUUCAACGUUGUCGAUUUCGGGGCAAAACCUAACAACAUAAAAAUCGACUCAUCCAAGGCCUUCGAAUCCGCAUGGAAGCAGGCUUGUAGCUCUUCUAGAGCAGCUACCAUUUAUGUGCCUAAGGCCAAAUUCUACAUUUAUAGUGCAACUUUUAAAGGGCCAUGCAAAAAUAAUGUCAUUACUUUACAAAUGGAUGGCACUCUGGUGGCUCCCCCAAAUUUCCAUCUCACUGCCCAAUCUAAAACUUGGAUCAUUUUUCGUCAGGUUAAUGGAGUUACUGUGUUGGGCGGUGUUAUUGAUGGUCAAGGAAGUGAACUUUGGGCUUGCAAACACUCUGGCAAGACAUGCCCUCGUGGAACCACAUCACUACAAUUUACCAAUUCACAAAACAUAGUGAUCAGUGGAUUAACAUCACUGAAUAGCCAAAUAUAUCACAUAGUCAUAAAUAAAUGCCGUAAUGUAAGAAUGGAAAGACUAAACAUCUAUGCCCCUGCCAAUAGUCCAAAUACUGAUGGAAUUGAUUUAGAAGAAACAUCUUAUGUGACCAUCCUCGACUCUAAUAUCGGCACCGGUGACGACUGCAUUUCAGUAGGCCCUGGCACCUCUAACGUGUUGAUCCAGAAUAUUUAUUGUGGACCUGGCCAUGGAAUUAGCAUUGGAAGUUUAGGAAGAAAGGAGAGAGAGAAUGGGGUCCAGAAUGUGACGGUUCAGUCAUGUAGACUCAAAAAAACUCAAAAUGGAGUGAGAAUAAAAAGUUGGGGAAGGCCCAGUACUGGAUUUGCAACAAACAUUCGUUUUCAACAUAUCACAAUGACUGAUGUCAAAAACCCUAUCGUCAUCAAUCAAAAUUAUUGUCCCCAUAAUCAAGGUUGCCCUGGAAAGGAAUCUGGAAUUAAAAUUAGCGAUGUGACGUACAAAUCAAUUUACGGGACAUCGGCGUCGUUGGUGGCCAUCAAAUUGGAUUGUAGCCCCAAAUUUCCAUGCAAGGGAAUAGUGUUGGAGAAUGUUCAACUAACCUACAAGAAUGGAAAUGCCAAAGCUUCAUGUAUCAACGCUCAAGGCUCUACUGUUGACAUGGUUGAGCCCAUGGGUUGCUUUGAAGAAUUUUUAAGCUCUAUAUAAAUUAGAAUUUAAAUCUGCAUACUUAAUUCCUCCUGAAAAUUAAAUGGGUAAACCUCAGUUGUAAUGUAAUGUAAUAUAGCUCAUGUCUUUUACUAUCAACUUUAGUGUGUGGUUUCACUGUAGAAGUUAAUCAUAAUCAUGCUAAUGAAGUACGUUAAUUGGUUGUGGAAGCAUUAGCAUAGGUUAAAUGUGUGUUAAAUCAUGUCAAAUAUAGUGAAUAAAUUAGUGGACUGGUUCGUUCAAUCAUCAUGUCUGUAGUUGUUAUAUUAUUAGCUUCGGACGUGUAUGUUUUGCA